AAGAAAAUGGAUAAAUUCACAAAUUGGGAGCGGCAAGGAUUGAAAGAUUUCUUCAAUUCAUCGGCUGCUGUGGACACAGUCAUUCCGGUGGCAAAAAUUGUAUCCAAAAAUAUGCUCAAUCCACAGUCGAAUUCAGAGGCCAUCGAUAUGAUACUACUGCACUCAACCAGUACACAAAGUAUACUCAACCGGAAAGCCAUCACAAAAGAGAACUUGUUCAAGUACUUGCAUGCCAAAAAAGUGCCCGUCACCAGUGAAUUCACAAAGCAGCUCCUGAUCGAAAAGAUUCUGCAGUAUUGGAAACAGUCUUUUUAUCUGUGCGAUGAUGAAAACGACGAAGAGAUGCGCAAUGAACGAACCAAACCGAUAGCACAGCCUCAAACUAAUCAUCACAUAUCGACCAAUCACAGCUCCGAUCAAUCAGAACAAUUCCCGAUCAAUCAAAUGGCCCGGAAAUUCGCAACUUGGUUCUACGAGAAUUUGAACACCAAUCGGCUGCAAGUGAGUGAUUUUUGGUGCAAUUGCAAGUGCGCGGUACAAUUUCUGGAGAAUCAACAAUGUCUGAUGGAAGAGGGGCAUCUGGGAGCGCAAGCUGCUUUGGAAUUCUGCCAGUCACUUUUGGCCAAAUACAAUUUGUAUUUGAACUUGAACAUUAGUCAUUCAGGAACGCAGGGUCGUAUUGACUGCCAUGGAGUAGUAUUGGUUUUGACUUGUGGUACAUUGCACAAAGUCAAUCAGUUUGUUGGAACGUUUGAGGCAAUAUUUGGACUGAGCCGUGAUCCAUACAGCCAAAACAAUUGGAAGAUAAACCAGAUGAGCCUACGACUGCAUAAUUUUAAUGCGCAACAAACACAAAAUGCAUCGUUAUCGAUCGAACAGCCAACACUUAUCACCAGCAAUUCGAUUGUCCCGCUGCUUAGCCUUUCAAUGCCAAACGGAGAUGAGGAAAUCGGAUAAUCUUUUUUUUAUUUGUAUUAGUUUGUUUAAAAAAAUAAUCACAAUUUGUUGACUUAAUUAGUAUGUAAAAUAAACAAAACAUUUUAUACAGACAC